AUGGAUAGCAUGGCAGGGGCUUUGGGCUUUCCACGCAGGCCUGCCUUCGACCCGAACGCGACACCUCGCGCUAAGAAGACCAAGUCGAACACGAACACGGGAGAAGAGGAUGACGCAGAUGAUGGUGGCUCGCCUGGUCCUGGUGGCUCGCCUCGUCCUGGUGGCUCCGGGAACAAAGGAAAGGAGCGAGAACGACCUUCUGACCAGUCUCGCGGUGGGCCACCUCUGCCUAACGUGCAAAUGAAGUCGAACGUAACCGCGGAGGAGAUGGAGCGCCUGGCUGAUUUUUUCAAGUCGUAUUCCGCAUCUCCUGGAGAAUUCGUCGAAAUACCGCCGGAUAUACUGGACAUCUUGGCGCGACUGGCCCCGUCGUCCUCCGGCAGCAGCGCUCCCGCCUCAGAUCCCUUCACGGCGGACGACUUCCUGAGCCGACUGCUGAUGCACUUUCGAACGGAGGUCAAUCGUGCGGCUAGCCGCGCUGCCAAUCUUGCCGCCAACCGGGUCAGCCGUAUCAAUUCCGACCGACUCGCUGAGAUCGCUCGUGAGGCGGCUAAAGCCGCGGCUCAGGAAGUUCGCGACCAAGUGAAGGAGUCUAUCAAAGCCGGCGUCGCGGAAGCUAUGGGCGCACAGCAAGGGCGCCGGGGCGCCCGAUCGUCGCAGCCGGUUGAUCCCACGAAGGCCCCGCCUCGGUCAGUGAAACACCGUGAUGUGGAGGCCAAUAAGUUGCAGAAAGCGAUACGCACUCGGAUCUCGGAGCUAUGGGCCGGGAAAGGGAUAUUUGGUCCCCCUGUGCGAGAGGAGUUUGCGACCCCGGUUCGCGACUACUAUCGCGUCACGCUUAUCACCGACCCGUACCUCAAAGAUCACUUCCGCUUCCCCAAUCUCGACAUGCUCGGCGAUGCAUUCACCAUAGCCGACUUCGCUGUGGUCACUUCAACGGGUCCGAAGUCUGACGGCGGGUGGAACUUGUUCAUGAUGCAGUACUUCGCCAACGACUUCGUGAAGAUACACGAGCAGUACUCGCGGGCUGAUGUAGAAGGCGCCUUCGCUACCUGGUUGACCGGUUUGCGCAACAAGCGCCUUAAACGUGGCCGCCAAGUUGAGGAGGAAGCCGUAUCCAAUGCUACCUUGCUGGACAUCAUCGCGCGGGACAACAGUGAGCAUGCGCAAACUGAGACGCGACGAACGGUGAGCUUCUCCUUUGUGCGCUCACAUCCUCCCUGCGUGCUAAAACAUGAAAAGCUCUACUUUCGCCGCCUGGGUGCGGCGGGUAGAGUUCCCCAGGCUGCCGACCCCGAGCGCCUCCUCGAGAAUCUAGUCAUCGCGCUGGACUUCGACGGCAUGUCCGACAAUCACGUCGUAAUCGACGGGGACAACAUCAAGACACGCUUGAUCAGGCGUCCCAUCUGGCGUGCUCCCUUCAUCCGGAAGUUUCUCUCUUUCCUGGACUACAUCGCACGGGGGCUGCGGCUCGAUGCCCCAGACAAACGAGGCGCUGAACCUGCUGUCCGCAGAAUGCCUCCCCCGGACUCGCCUCAAGUCCACAAGAAGUCCAGGGUCAGGAAGGGGCUGUGGCGCAACAUCUACGACCAGGAUUGGAUCAACGGGCAGGCUCCAGAAUAUAUACAGCACCAUGUCGCCCCGCUCGAGACAGACUUCCCCACCCAGUUCCCUGCUGAGCUUACUGAGUCAGUCCUAAGCCAUACGACGUAG